AUGACACAAAGACCUUGGAAUGAUCACAGAAAUCAACACUUGGAUGCUACUAUCUUCGACUUCCUUCUUCCUCUAUGGGGCAGAACCAGUGUGCAUAUUGUAAGGAAGGACAUUGGGCUAAAGAGUACUCCAAGAACAGGAAUAAAAGAGGCAGGGGCCUCCAAGGAGCCACCACCCACUCCAACCAGCCUCACAAAGAGACAAGUGAAGCAGAAGGUGAAGAGCCUGACCACUCAGCUCCAGGUGAUGACGGCCCAAUGGAAUGAUCUGAGAGAUCGCCUCAUCUUAGUAACUGAAGGAUCCUUGGACAAGAGACCCUACCACAGGCUAAAUCCUUUCUGGGAAAACAUCAAGAUGGAACAUCAGCAGGUCAUGUCAGACCUGCAGAAUUUCAAGAAUGAGAAUUUGGAGGCCUCACAGAAGUUAUGUGAGCUGACCAAGGAGAAAGUAUUCCUUUGGGUUGGGUUGUUGAGGCAUGGAGUCAGGGGUGACCAGUGCAGGCUGGCAAAGUCUUACUAUGCAGAGGGUAUUUCCGGUGAUCUGCAGAGCCGGCUCCUGAUGGAGCAGAGUCAGUUGAAAAAGAAGUUGGACAUGCUGAGGCAAGAGAAGGAGAACCUACUGGAAGACUGGGUCCUGCUGAAGCACCACUUGGGUGACUUGAGGAGCACCCUUUAUGAGAACUGA